CAAUCCCGGUUUAUCUGAUGGAAUUCAAUCCGGUCGAUCACAAAAUUAUCGAAAACCGAACAACAAACUAAAACGGCGUCGCUUUGUGUUGUAGUCUGUGUAAUCAGAAAAACGCAGCUAAAUUCUUCGUCCUCUCUCUCAUUCCCACCAUUAGCAUUAGGGCUCUCUCUAAAUUUCUCAGUCUCUUUGUAUCGUCAUCGAUCUUUCGCAGAGCUCAAGAGGCAGCGGGUUCACUAUGGAUGCGGUGGGUGAAGGUUCUUCUACUCAAAAGAAUGAGGUAGGAGAGAAGCCUGUGAUUGUUAGAGUGAAGCGAAAAGUUGGACAGUCUUUGCUCGAUGCUUUCUGGUUGGAGAUAAAUGAAAGACCACUCAAACGGCAGACUCUGGCUUUAUCACAGCUUUCUAUUUCAAAUUCAGGAGAGAAAGGUUCUUCUGUGUCAGAGGACGUAAAACCGAAGAAGGUGCUAGUGCGGCAUUUGGAGACAGUCACAGACUCUGAUACCACGGCUGACAUUAUCCACUCUUUCUUUGAGUCUGAUCUUAAUGACAAAAGUGGCAGUAAAGGAAAGUUUGAGGAGCGGAAAUUUUCUUUCAAGAAAGACAAUAGAAAGGAACAGCGCCUGACCAAAGCUGUGCAACAGCAACAGAUUGCUGCAGAGAAUGCUCGGUUUGAGCAGAUAUGGCGGAGUAGGAAUGGAAACACGGAAGGCAUCCAUGAUAGGUGUCAUUUCUAUGACGUUCUUCGUGUUGAUGCUGAAGAAAUACGAGACAAUGCACAAGAGGUUACUUCCUUGGAGGACCAGAUAAUGCUCGCUAGUUUCUUGCCUCUUCUCAGAGAGUGUAUUCCAACAGCAGCUGAAGAGAUUGAGGCUGAUAUUCAUUCUAGUCGCACCGAAGAAUAUGUUUAUGACUAUUAUGCUGUGAACGAAGAGAUGGAUGUCUGCGAAGAUAGUUCCAAGAGCCAGUUUCCUCUUGUCAUAGUCGAGGAUGAAGAAGACUUCUGCGAUGGACCUGAUGAAUCAGACUACGACUCUGAUGAUUCCAAUGCUGAAGAGCACCCAAAGAACGAUUACUCAGAAGAGAUCUCUGAAGACGAGGAGGAAGAAAAAAAAGAAGAAGAUGAUGAUGAUGAAACAGAUGAAGAAAAGAGUGAAUCCUCUGAUGAAUCAGAAGACGAGGAGACUGCAGAAAGACAUGUGAGAAGGGUCCUUGGAGACGACGAGUUUGAUGAUUAUGAAGAUUAUGGAGCGGAUGCGGAUGGAUAUGGGGACAGCGAUGAGGAGUUCGAGUCUAAUAAAUGGUCUUACCGAUGAGUUUUGUGUACUUAAUGAAGAUUAUGCUUGUGUUAUAUUCUGAUUAAGAGACAGUGAAGACCAUUAGUGGUAAGGCCGUGGAUCAAAAUUGUUGACUCCACUGUUAAACAAAAGUAACCAGAAGUUGGUAGCUCGCUUAGAUGUCCGUUAAAAAUAAUGUGUGUCCAGAAGUGAUGCAUUAUGAAAUUA